UUAUGACACACUAGAGAACAUGAUACACUUUAGAUUUGGUUUUUAAACGUAGGAAUCUUUAGAUCAGGGAACUUGCAGCUACAUUCUGAGCUCAAUUUAAGAGUGAUUAUUCCUUCUCAUACCACGAAGCUGUUUAUAUGAGAUUUCAGAUAAUACAAACUCUCCUUAACUGUUCUCCUAAAAAUAUCACCUUAAAUAAUUGCUUGUGCGUCUGUGCAUGCUUCACACCCAUUUUCUUGUGUGAGAUUGUGAGGUCCAAUUUCCCUAAUAUUUUGUUCUGUAGAUUAACCUAAAGUUUAAAUAGGGCAUCCUUGUCAUUAACUUAUUUCAUUUUGUUUCUUUCCUCCAAUCCUCUACCCUAUCUCUUCUCAUUCUUUACAACAUAAAAUACAAAAAUUCACAUUUCUCCAAAUUUUCUUCCUUUUGUUUCCUGGAUAUCCAUUGUACCUUGACCUUUAAAAUGUUUUACUUGAUAGGGUUCAUCUACCUUUCUGAGCAUUAAUUUGGGAGAAAAUUGAAUUCUAAAGUGCUGCUUUUACUCUUGAGAUUUGAUUUUGUUGAAAAUUUUCUUUGCUUCAUCUUCAAUUAGAUUCUGCUCCUUCUGAGUGUAGUGAAUCAGGAUCUGACCCCAUGACGAGCUCCAGAGAUGCUGAGCAACAAAGCCCUGUCUGUCCAUGAGCAUCCAUCAAAUGAAGGCCUGUCAAACCCACACUAUUUCGGGAGGGCCAGUGCGGGUCUCCAAGAACAUCGAAUGCAACUGCAUCUUCUCAAGUUGGAAUCAGAUAAAUACAGCAGAGAAUGUAAAACUCCUGCUUUGGGUGAGCAUUGCGUUGGAGAGAUGCUAUUGAUGUACGAAAACGAAGAAGACACAGCCUGUUCAUACGUAGUUAAUAUUAUCAACUUGUGCAUCUAUGGUGCAGAUAAAGAUAUUCUUUUGAGUAAUUCUUGCUCUACAAAGUAUCCAGUGGACCUCAAUGUGUUUGAAAAGCUUGAAGGGAAAUAUGGGCUGCUUCUGGAAUGGUCUAGAUUAGAGAGAAGGUUACUGUAUGAUCUCAUCAGCUCCGGUCUAACCGAGAUCCUCUCUUCAAAGAGAGAGCUUGAGCUGGCAGGUGAUAGGCCUCAUUGAAGAGGUGUGGCAAAUGUUGGUCAGAAAACGAAAAGUAUUUAAGUCGAACAAAACCAGAAUGUGGUACACGCUUGGUUACAGAGAUUCUUUGGACUUGUGGCGCAUUUGACAGAGAGAAUUUCAAGAUUUGUGAAGCAUGGAAUGCGCUUAGCCCGGACUGACCAUUUGUUUCUUCAUGAGGUUAGUAUUAAGGCUUUUGGUACCCUAAGAUGUGAGAUGAGACAUGCGAUGAGGAUCUUAGUCACAUACUCAAAAUUGACCGUGAUGGUCUAAUAAGUUGUACCUAAUGCUGUUCUGUUUACCAUCAAACGAGUCAUAAAAUUGUUAGUCGAACUGAACUUUUUUUUUUCUCUCUCUCUCUCUGUAGCUGUUGCAAACAUUACCUCAAAAAGAUUAGAUAUAAUCAUAAAAAGAA